AAAACACAAGCACAAUACGAAUUUUGUAAUUUAUUUUUUUAUUAAUAACUCAUAUAAAUUUAGUUAAAUAAAUUUAAUGAUAUGCCUUGCGGAUCGAUUUAUAUUACGAGAUUAAAAUUAAAAUAUGAGGGAAAAGAAAAUAAAAGUGUUUUUGUUUUGUGUGUUUUUUACGGAAAAUUGAAAUACUUUUUGGCUUUGGACAGAAAUACGAUUUUUGUAAUUUAUAGUUGUCUUAAUUUUCCCUCUUUCUCUCUUCAACUUCAAUUUUCAUUCUAUUUUCGAACUUCAUAAAUCCAACGAAAUGGCCCCUCGCCCUCGCGGGAUCCCUUCCUUCCUCAAGAUCAUGCUCGACUGUUCCGCUACUCACCUGCCAUUGCCAACUGGUUUCGUCCGCAAGCACUUGGAGAACGACAUCCCUGAAAACGCAACACUCCGAUCUGUAGUUGAAGAUACCCGGUUGGAGUUUGGGGAUUUUCUUGUCUUUUGGCUACUUGGUCGCUCCAUCUUCAAGCUCUUAAUUUUCGGUACCAAUGGGUGUGAAAAAAAAUUCCCGCUUGAACAUGAUCACGUUCAUGAUGAAGAAGAAGGUGAUGAUAUUGAUGGGGAUGCCGGGGAUCCUUGCUUUACGAAAGUUAUACCGAAAAAGGGAAAACAAAAAUUUGCUUUGCGGUUUCCGUUGGAAUUUGCACGAUUGAUCAGAUUGACUGCAGGAAGAACAAUGAGCAUGAAGAAUCUGCAAGGAAAAGAGUGGCCAGUAAGGUUACUUUCAGAGGGGGGACAUUAUACAAGGUACUAUUUGUCGAAGGGGUGGAGUGAAUUUCUGCGAGAUAAUGACAUAUGUGAAGGAGAUACAUGUGUAUUCAAGUAUCUCAGAAGCGAAGAUAAGUUCUGUCUAGCAGAAAUCAUCAAGAAAAGAGCUCAAGCCGACGGAGCUAUGGCUGUUGAAAGUCUGAAGAGACCAAGAGGGCGGCCGGUACGUGUGGUGGUGGAGCAGCCAGCCGGAAAAGUUUUAAAGAGACCGAGAGGUCGGCCGCCGUGUGUGGAGGUGGCGGUGGAGAAAAGGGCGAGGCCCACAGAACCAGAUGAAGGCUUGAAGAGGAAGAGAGGGCAGCCGAGGCGUGUGGAGAGUAAAGACGGCGGUGUGUAG